GGUGUAUAAGUACUAGAGCUGGCUAGCCCAGAUGAUGCACCUGUCUCGGGAAAGGACUAACACAGGUGUGUUGUAACUUGGUCGACUGCCAGAGCUAGAUUAUGAGCUCAUUUGAUCCACAGAUACAUUCACCACCUCGCUGCAGCCCGCAAUUUCCUAACAUCGGCCAGGAACCUCCUGAAAUGAACCUCUACUAUGACAAUUAUUUCCAUUCUCAGAGUGUUCCUAGUCCACAAAGGCCUGCAAACUUUGAAACGGGAGACUACAAUGCUGCAGCCAACCCUUACCUGUGGUUAAAUGGACCUUCCAUUAACACACCACAUUAUUUACCAGGCUCCAAUGGCAGUCCUUACAUUCCACAGGCUUAUGGGAUGCAAAGGCAGCUCCUGCCUAACAUGCAUAGCUUGACAGGGAACGAGAUGGGCUGGCUCCCGAUGCCUUCUCAAGAGGAACUGAUGAAGCUGGUCAGGCCACCUUACUCCUAUUCUGCACUCAUUGCCAUGGCCAUCCAUGGAGCACAAGACAAGAGGCUGACCCUUAGUCAGAUCUACCAGUAUGUUGCUGACAAUUUCCCUUUCUACAACAAAAGCAAGGCUGGCUGGCAGAACUCCAUUCGGCACAACUUGUCUCUCAAUGAUUGCUUCAAGAAGGUGCCCCGAGAUGACGACGACCCAGGGAAAGGCAAUUACUGGACUCUGGAUCCAAACUGUGAGAAGAUGUUUGACAAUGGAAACUUUCGGCGGAAGAGGAAGAAGAAGUCUGACACGAGUGCCAGCACAGUGUCUCUGGCUUCUGACCGAUCAGAGGACAGCACUCUAAGCGGCAGCCCCCAGACAGCUGAGCACCAAGACAUGCUGGAAACCUCUUCUUCUGGCACUGACAGCUCACCCGAAAAUAGAUCAUCGCCGCCGCCGCCAGCAGCAGCACCAUCUUCAGCGACUCCCUGCCUCACCAAUUUUCUAUCCAGCAUGACGGCGUACGUGAAUGGACCCAAUUCGGUGAGCCGCUCAGUGCCCCUGGGACUUGGCUCUGACGCUGGCGACAGAAUGGGACAGAAUGCAGUCAGCUUCAACUCGUACUCUCCUCUUUCUAACAUUGCCAGUCAUGGUAGUGGAGAGUGGUCCAAUUCCAUGUCAUCAAGUCAUCUUAGCUACAGCAGUGCAGUUCUCAACCCAUUCAAUGCCACUUUCUACAAUAGUCUAAACAGCCCCCUGUAUCCACGAGAGGGGUCUGAGGUAUAAACAAAAAGAGAUCUUAUGUCACGAGGGGAAAGUGUAAGAAUUCAUAGAAAGGAAAUGUUCUUGGGGAAGGUGCUGUGUAUUGGCUCCUCACUUCUGGUACCUGCCUGUUGGUAUUUUUAGACCAACCCAAAGUUCUCUGUUAAAAGUUCUCAUAAGGUCACAAUGGCUUUAAGCUGCACUGUAUAGUUUGACCUUCAGAAAUCUUCCACUUGUCCUGGGGUUUGUAUUCAAUAGCAUAUUAAUCAAUCAAGAAUAACUGUUUCUAUACUUUCUGUCAUUAAAGAACAGUAGAAUUAACACCUUACACACAUCUAUAUGAAAAUAUAGGAGAAAUACCACCCCCUUAGCACAUUGUAACCACAAUGAAUGUGAAUACUAAAGUAUAAAAUAAUAUUCAUGGAAUAGUCUUGAUUAUGCUCUCUUGGUUAAAUGAAAAUAUAGGACAUGAUCCAGCCAAUAUCUACAUUUCAAUGGGAGAGCGGUAGUGUUUAUCCCACUGAAACCAAUGGGACUUAAAAUUCCUUAACACUGUGGGUGUGAUUCAGCCAGUAUCUGCCACUUCCUUCUGAAGAAUGCACUUGCAUUCUGAAGGUUCAACAUAAAGUGAUAUAAUUCUGUUUGCUGCUCAGAGACUGAAUUAAAGAUUGGAUUGAAUUGACAUAAUUCUGAUGGGGGGCGGGGCAUGUACAUCAAAGAGUACCACAAACUGACCGAUCUAUCUUUAAAAAAAAAAUCAUGAUAAACCAAAGCCUUAGACAUUACUCUACUUUUCAUGUUUACAGAUGCAAAGCAAAAAACUAAAUAGAUCAGGAAUGAAAAAUGGCUUGGAUCUCUUUCAAACCCUAAGACACUUUGAUUAUCAAACUCAGUUUGCAGUCAACAAGCACAGGUACAAAAAACCCAGCUGUUUUAAUAGUUCUCUUCAAUUAUCUUGUGGUGUGUGCUGCACACGUGGUCUAGAUCAGGGAUUCUGAACGUUGGGUCCCCAGAUGUUAUUGGACUUCAGCUCCCAUAAUUCCUAGCCCCAGUGGCCUUUGGUUGGGGAUUAUGGGAGUUGAAGUCCAAAAACAUCUGGGGACCCACCGUUGAGAAUCCCUGGUCUAGAUAAUUCAUCCUAAACUUAAGAAUAUGUUUUGUGGAGAAAACAGAAUGUUUGUGGGGCAAAGCUGAAAACCUUUUCUGGUACAUCUUUAAAGUAAAGCUGCACACCAAACUUUCAUGUAGCUUAUGAACCUUAAAUUUCAUAUGAUGAUUGUUAGUGGAUCUGGAUUUUAAAAUUUGUUUCCACUGUAGUAACUUAUAUGGAACAUUUUUUGGAAGUUGUGUAAUUUAUGUACCCUUUUUUCCUAUACAAAAUGUAAUAUUUGUAGCACAUAGACUUGGAGCACCCUUAGGACUUACAAAUGCUGUCUGGCAAGGUUGCCCCAAAGACCUUGAUGUAUUAUGAUAAACAAAACACUGUUGCUUGAUAUUGUUCUGCCUAUUUUUGGUUACAAUUUCAUUAUGGGGGCAUUCAGGGAGGUAUUUUUUAAUAAAAUAUUUGUA